CCGUGCGGCCCGUUUCCGGUGGGGCAAGGGCGUCUCCGCGGCGGCCCGGCUCCCGCGCGCUUAGCACCGCCGGCGGCGGCCAGAUGCAGGCGGAGCGAGGAGCUCGGGGCGGCCGAGGACGCCGACCCGGCCGCGGCCGGCCUACCGGGGAUCGCGACCGCGAGCGGGCCGGCGCCCCGGCGGCGGUGGCGAGAGGCGGCGGCGGGGAUGGAGGCGGCCGCCGGGGCCGCGGCAGGGGCUUCCGGGGCAGCCGCGGAGGCCGAGGAGGAGGAGGUCCGCGAGGCGGCCGCCGAGAGCCACGAGGCUGGGGCGCCGGGGCCAGUGCGCCGGUCGAAGAUGACAGUGAUGCAGAGACCUAUGGAGAAGAGAAUGAAGAACAGGGAAAUUAUUCUAAAAGGAAGAUAGUUUCUAACUGGGAUCGAUAUCAAGAUACUGAAAAAGAGGUCGAUAAUGAAAGUGGAGAAUCACAGAGGGGGACAGAUUUCAGCGUUCUCCUCAGCUCUGCAGGGGACUCCUUCUCACAGUUCCGGUUUGCCGAGGAGAAAGAGUGGGAUAGUGAAGCUUCCUGCCCCAAACAGAAUUCAGCAUUUUAUGUGGACUGUGAGUCAUUGGUUCGAGCCCUUCAAGAACUGCCUCUCUCACUCCGACUCAAUGUUGCUGCUGAAUUGGUCCAGACUGCCCUUCCUUUAGAGCUUCCUCAGGUGAAACCAAAGAGAAAUAAUGAUGGCAAGGGACUAGGGAUGCAGUUAAAGGGGCCCUUGGGGCCUGGAGGAAAGGGGUCCAUCUCUGAGUUGAAAUCUGCUGCCGCUGGCUGCCCCAUGUACCUGGGUAAAGACAGCCUAGGACUGGGCCCUUCCAAGAGUUCUCAGAACCCUGCUUCCCCACUGCAGUCGGCAGCAGACGAUUUGGAAGAAGAACUAGAUCUGCUGCUUAAUUUAGAUGCGUCUGUAAAAGAGAGCGGUGACAUCUUAGCAGACCAGACAGCUCAGGACCUGGAAUCUGAGAAAGAUGAGGAGGUGGCCCAAGAAGAAACAGAUCCUGCAAAACCGUCUGCGUUGGAAGGAAAGAACGUGGCAUCUGAGCAACCAAGUAUAUCCAGAAAUGUUACUGAGGAAGAGCUUGAAGAUUGGUUGGACAGCAUGAUUUCCUAAACUCGAUGAAAGAAAAAAAGAGAGAGAGAAAGAAAGUGAAAAGUGCCUGAAGCCGAUUUUGGUUGCCUUGUAAGGGAAGGCGGGCCCAAGGCUGUCCUUCCAGAACAGCUGGUUUACAAGCACAGCCCGAGCCCGUGUGGCCAUCACGCUUAGCAGUAGACGCCUACCUCCCCCAUGUUCAACAAAUCCGAAACGAGACAGUAAGAGGCUCGCUGCAUUUGUUCUCUGGCUUAGUAACUGAGUAGACUUCUUAAGGGCAGGAGAUGUUACGGCCCUUGUGUCCAGUUUCUUCCUCUCAGUUUUUACAGCAUAGCGGGUGCUGCUGAUGAAGAGAGCUAAGCAAACCAGGCAUGCAUUUGGCCAAAAUAAACAAACGCUGGUUUGUGGA